UCAUAUAUGCAUUUUUAUCAACUCUGAGAGAUUCGGAUGGUGUGACGAGCCGUUCUCACUGUGAUAUCGAUCCGAAUUGUGUUGAAAUCAUCGCGGAGUCACCAAAGACAAGAAUCAACCGCAGGAGCAUAUUCACAGGAUUUACCGCGUUUGCGUUUAAUUCGGACCGGACCUCCUCUAAAAGUGGAUAUUACAGUUAUUUCACUUUUAAGUCUCACGUUUUGGGGGAGAAAAGGAGGCGGAUACGAACUUGGCCGCAUUCAUCUCCAUCAAUCCAGCUCUCGUGUCCGCUCGGGAACUGCUGUUUAUUAUCACGGAAGAUGAAAAGCUUGAUAUUCGAAGUGCUUUGUUUUGUGUCCAUCCUCAUCUCCAUCCGCGGCACACCGGCACCGGACACCGAAUCCCCGAGCAUCAGCCCGAGCUGCGCGUCCUGCGGGCUCAGCCAGACGGAUGGAGCCACACGGCUGGACGUGGAUUUGCUGGAGGCGGUGAAGAGACACAUCCUGAGCCGGUUACAGAUGCGGGACAGACCCAACAUCACCCACUCCAUCCCGAAGGCGGCGAUGGUGACCGCGCUCAAGAAGCUCCACGCCGGGAAGGUGCGCGAGGACGGGAGGGUGGAGAUCCCGAACCUGGACGGACACGCCGCGUCCAUGAACGAGGUGGAGGAGGAGACCUCGGAGAUCAUCAGCUUCGCCGAGACAGACGAGUCGCUGACCUCCAAAACCAGCCUGUUUUUCGUGAUCUCCAACGAGGGCAACCAGAAACUACAUGUGUCCCAGGCCAGCCUGUGGUUGUACUUCAAGCUCCUGCCUAAUGUUUUGGAGAAAGGCUCCAGGAGGAAGGUCACAGUGAAGGUUUACUCGCAGGAACCGGGACUCGGGAGCAAGUGGAACUUGGUGGAGAAGCGCGUGGAUCUCAAACGCAGCGGAUGGCACACUUUUCCGUUGACGGACAGCGUGCAAAUGGUUUUCGCCAAAGGCGAUCGCCGGCAGAACCUGGACGUACGGUGCGAAGUGUGCGAAAAGAUGGGCGUCGUGCCUGUUUUGGUGAACACGGCCGACGAAUCCCACCGUCCUUUCCUUGUGGUCCAAGCGCGAGCGGCCGAUAACAAACACCGCAUCCGCAAACGAGGCCUUGAAUGCGACGGCAGCAGCAGCUUGUGCUGCCGCCAACAGUUUUACAUCGACUUCCGCCUCAUCGGCUGGAACGAUUGGAUCAUCGCCCCAUCAGGGUACUUUGGGAAUUAUUGUGAAGGGAACUGUCCGGCGUACAUGGCCGGGGUUCCCGGAUCGGCUUCGUCUUUCCACACGGCCGUCGUGAACCAAUACCGCAUGCGAGGAAUGAGUCCCGGAUCCAUGAACUCCUGCUGCAUCCCGACCAAACUGAGCACCAUGUCCAUGUUGUACUUCGACGACGAAUAUAACAUCGUGAAACGGGACGUGCCCAACAUGAUCGUCGAGGAGUGUGGCUGCGCUUAAGACUUCCAAAUAUCAUAGUAAGAAACUAAUAUUUAAGACUCAUCCGUGCUCACACAUUCACUCGCACACCCCAACUCUUCCACGCAUCUUUGUACAUAUAUUUAUGUUUCUUAAUCAUUGAGCGAUUUAGUUCCAGUCUACAGGUUUGUACGAUACUGUCAUGUCAAAGGGACGGGAUUGUUCUUAUCUAUGUCUACACUCUUAAAAGACAAAGGUUCUUUAUUGGCAUCAAUGAUGCCAUGAAGUUCAUCCAUUAGACAAAAAAGUUCUUUAGAUUAUUAAAAUGUUCUGUACACUAAGAAAAACAUGGUUCUUUUGAAGGGACAGUUCACCCAAAAAUCCCCAAAAGCACUGACCAUCUUCUCAAAGCAACGACAGCACUUCUCACAUCGAGUCCACUGAGUGACAACCAAUCCAUUCGAGAGCAUCCGUCUUCAACGGACAUCUGUACAGAGCAACAACAAUCCUUGGGUUUCUCGACAGACAUGAGAUCCAUUCAUAAAUCACGAGGCUUGUCUUGUUAUGUCUCGGUUGUGAUUAUUUAUGCAACAAGCCGAAGACACGCUUUUGAAACACAAGUGACUCCAGAGACUCUUCAGUUACGUCAUGGUGCAGCAUAGCACUUGCAAAGAAAUACCGUAAAUGCACAAUAUAAAGCACUUGCAGACUUAAAAAUGCCUUUGAAGGUACCUGGUGGUGCGCCUCGUUCACGAUUCCUCUGAAAUAAGUGCCGCACAAGCUAUGCAAUGUAUAGUAGUGACCUACACCGGAUGACCCACUUGUUAUGAAACGUUUUCAAUACUUGAAAUGUAAACUUUCGCUUCCUGCUCCGAGCGGAUGGAUGUUACAAUGUUUGCACUGAAGUUGCAUUAUUAGUAAAGAAAAAACCUGCCAUUGAAAAAAAAA